AUGCCUGACCUUUUCGACCGUUUCCCAAUAGUCCUUCCAUGGAGCAGGCCGGAGCCUGUAGAUCCUGCUCUUCACAGCGUUUGGAUCUUGGAUAAUACGGCCUUUCGCUCUCCUCAACCCGGCGAUAAGCGACCUGAUCUGGGAAAGCUCAGGAGUGUCAAGGAUACGAAGCCAACGAGGAUCAGUCAGGAUGGUGGCAGUCCGGAAUCUGUGCGUGGUGGAAGUGGCUGGGAGGCGGAGUUCGUGGCGUGUUAUUUCAUCAGGAAUUCGGGGCGUGAUAUAUCGCGAGUCGUAGCUGGUAUUGCGCGCGAGCUUCAUGUCAACGAUGAAGACAUUGCAACGAAGAAGCGUAUCGCAGAUCGUGUGCAGCCGUUCGUCGAUACUGUACUACCGAAGCGAACACUGCGCAUCUCGAUUGAUAAUACCGAGCAGCAGACCCUGGGUCCCUCUGGAUAUAGUGGGAUAUCUGCUGGUCUCCACCAGCUGCACUUUGCACCCGAUGCUCUCCUUUCUCCAUUUGCUUGCACGCCUGUCAACGUUCCCCCGCCCUUUGGCCUGCCAGCAGUGACUGUUCCUGCAGAAGAGCGAGGCUGGGCAGUCAUCUCUGACAUUGACGACACGAUCAAGGUCACACAGACUCCCUCUCCGCUUGGGAUACUGCACACCACCUUUGUCGUCGAAGAUCCUGAGCCUGUCGCUGGUAUGCCAUCUCUUUACGCUCACAUCCAGGACAUCUUGCAGAACCCUCCAUUUUUCUAUCUCUCGGCCUCUCCCUACAACCUAUAUCCAUUCCUUCGCAGAUUCCGUGAAGCACAUUACCCACUGGGGACUAUCAUUCUUCGCGAUGCUUCCUGGCAGAACCUUGGAGGACUGAUCGCUUCGCUCAGUCAGAAUACGCAAGAAUACAAGGUCGAUCGCAUGGUGAAGAUUCACUCCUGGUUCCCUCACCGUCGCAUGGUCUGCAUUGGAGACAGCACUCAGAAGGAUCCAGAAGCCUAUGGCGAUGUUGCGAGGAAAUUUCCUGGUUGGAUCCGCGCCAUUUACAUUCGUCGUGUGUCUGGAAUCGCAGAGAUGGACGAGAAAAGCAAGAACAGCAACGAGCGGUUCCAAAAAGCCUUUGAAGGACUCGAUCAUAACCUGUGGCAUGUCUUCGAUGACCCUAGUGAACUGGCAGAACGCGUGAAUGUCCUUCAACACCGAGAAGGGCGCCAGUGA